UGUUGUCUCUAUCCCUGGUGGUUAUCCACUUACACGUAGGUGCUGCUCGUAUUUCAACGAAUUAUCGUUGAUUUGAUGUGAAUGGAAUGGACCAACGUGGGUUCCUCUAAUGGGAGAUUUUCUCAGGCAAACUUGUUCUCAGGUCAUGAAUUCGGUUGUUUUGGAUUCCAAAUCUAUGAAGCUUCUGGAUGUGUUGAUGGAGAUCCUCUCAAAUGAAUCCUCUGCCAGAAGGGAAAUUCAGCUGCUGUGGUAGUGUUUCACCCAAGGGAGGCAGUCUCUCUGGCACCUCAUGAUGCCUCUUCAUCUUUUUAGGGAGGAGUUGAGUUGAUCUGGGAGGUCAGGAAGGUAGUGGCGUACAGGAUUCGGUGUGGAAUCAUUUUUGAAGAAAGAGCUUGGUAGUUGCGGCAGUGAGACAAUAUCUUGAAUUUUGGAUCGGUGUGUGGUUUUUAAUGGCGUCGUCUCUGUUUCUGAAUCCUGUGGCGAGUUCUGAGCGAUCGCGUGAUUCGUCCAGAAAGAAAAAGAAGAAGAAAGCGGCGAGGGAGGACGGUCGUCAAGAUCAGAAUCACUUGAAGUGGAAAUCACAAGCGCAGCAUCAAGUUUACUCGUCGAAGCUGUUGCGCGCCUUGAGUCAGGUCAGGAUCAGUCCUCCUUAUUCCCCAUCGGCGCCGAACGAGAUGCCACGGCGUGGCCAAGCCGUUCGGGAGGCGGCGGAUACGGUUCUGGCGAUGACGGCGAAAGGAAGAAGUAGGUGGAGCAGAGCAAUCUUGACGAACCGUCUGAAGCUCAAGUUUCGAAAGCACAAUCGACAGAAGGCGAGUGUGAGUGGAAGCAGCCGAACGAAGAAGCCGAGAGUUAGCGUUUUGCGGUUGAAAGGGAAGGGAUUACCUACUGUACAGAGAAAAGUCCGGCUUCUCGGCCGGCUGGUUCCCGGCUGCCGGAAGCAACCACUGCCGGUGAUUCUGGAUGAAGCAACUGAUUACAUACCCGCACUGGAGAUGCAGAUCCGAGUCAUGAGCGCCAUAUUCAACUUGGUUUCAAGCUCUUCUUCGUCUUCUUCUGGUAUGGAUUCUUCCAUCUCCCAACCUUCUUCUACCUGAUUACCACACACUCACCGGCUGCAGUUUUCUCUUCCCAGAAAACAAUUGAAAAUAAAAGGAAAAAAAACAAAAAACCAGAAAAAAAAAAUUCCCUUCCUCUCCUGCUUCUCUUCUGCAUGUAAUUUCGUGUCAAUAUAUGAAUAUAUAUCGAGUUCUUGCAUUUUCUG